AUGCCCUCGUACGUUGUUGAAAACCCUAAUUUCGAGUCUUACAAGCCCAAGAAACAAUACAACUUGUACUCUUCGUUGCUCCCGAUCCUCGUAUUUGUCUUUACCUACAUUUUGAUCUUCCACGUCCUCGACGUGUCCCCUUCGUCCAUCUUCAACGACACGAAGGUCUUGUUCUUUAUCUCCAACGCACUUAUCCUCAUCAUUGCCGCAGAUUACGGUGCGUUCACUGAUAAAGAGAACCACGAUUAUUACGGAAAAUACAUGGCUGCGAAGAGAAGCGACGCAAGAGAAAAUUCUGACUAUGGGGUGAGUAUGGGGGAAGAAAUCAAGAACCGCGAGAGACAACAACAUGCAGUGGGAGUGAAAGAUAUACCGCAGUAUUUGCUUCACAAGGAAGCGGAAGUUCCUGAGAAAACCGUACGAGUCGUGAGCGAGAACCAACCGAGAAACAUAGCUAUCGAAAAACACGAGCCAACUACUAAGCAAAACAUCCGUAUAACUGAUGUUAAAGGAAAAACUUGCAACGCAAGAGAGCUGGUUAACCCUAAACCGUACGGGAGAAGCAAAUCGGAUAAGGCACGCUCGGAAUGUCGACAUAAAGAGAGCAAACAUAGACAUAAGAGUUACGACCGAAGCAAAUCGGAUAGCUCGAAAUGGGUGGUUGUUCACAAUGAGAAGAAGGCUGAGGAGGCGGAGGAGAAGUGGGAGAAUGUAAGAGAAGAAUCAGAAGAGUUCUCAAAGAUGUCGAACGAGGAAUUGAACAGACGAGUCGAAGAUUUCAUCCAACGCUUAAGAAGAAGUUCAAGGGAGAAGAGAAGGCUCCUGAACAUUUGGGGUAUUGUUUGUGUUAGCGGCGACGGUACCCUUGUUGAGGUUGUAAAUAGACUGCUUGAAAGAGGAGACUGGAAAACUGCCUUUAAAUUGCCAAUUGGAAUGAUCCCUGCAGGAACUGGUAAUGGAAGUGGCUUGAUUGUCCUAAAAGACUGCCCUAAGCUACCUUUGCUAUCACUAAUGACAUAG